GCCGUGCAGCACACCGCCUGCCAGGGCCUGCUGGACGAGCUGCGCCUCGCCGGCUCCCAGACGCUGCGGGCCCUCGCCACGGGGCAGCAGAUUCUGGGCGGCGCGCAGCUGCCGAUGACGGACGAGGCCCUGCGCAUGGUCCUGCGCGACCGCCGGCACGCGUUGAAGGCGCAGUGGGACGAGCGGGCAGUGGGCGACGAGGCGGUGCGCAAGGAGUACUGGCAGGAGUUGAAGGAGGCGCUCGCCCGCGAGGAGCAGCAGGUGCGCACGCAGAACUCCCGGCUGGCGGACCAGAAGCUGAUGGAGAUGCUGAAGGGCUGGCAGGAGUGGCUGGACGACGAUGCUGGCGCCCUUGCG